AUGGCGGAAGCACGUAGCUCAUUCGGAGAGGAGUUGAAGCCCAUCCUGGUGCCUUUCAAGAGAAGCCAACGCCCCUCUUGGUCGUGCACAGAAUGCGCACGACGCAAGAUAAAGUGCGAUAAGAAGGUACCAUGUCAGUCCUGCAUCAAACGUGGCAGAGCAGAGCAAUGUCGGCUCGAAGACUCAUCAUACGAGGUCCCUGGACCUUGCUCGCAAGUGCUCUCCAGUUCUCCUAAACCGCAGAGUGAUGACGGGCAAAAGCUCGAAUCUAGCAUCACGCCAGCGUCUCGAUGCAGACUCUCAUCUGUCGUCAGCAUCCACGGCGACUCGAAGCAGGAAAGUCACGAUGGCGGAGACAUGUUUCUCAGAGGGCUCUCAAGACUUGAAUUGCAGCUGGAUCGCAUCGAGCACAGGCUCAACCAACAUGCACAGCAGUCAGAGUCCAUGGAACAUCUCAAGGCCAGGCUCAACGAUGUGGAGGAGGUCAUCUCAGUGUUGGGCGAGAAUCGCCAACGUUGGGCCCAAGCUGGGUCCCACAGCAUACAGAAUCGCAACUCGUCCCAAAGGAACGAUGAAGCUCGGAGCGCAUCUCCGAUCCUUUUAAGGAAAAGUUUAGAAGAUGGCCAGAAGGAAGCAGACCGCACCAGACUCGGCACAGCGAGCACUGUCGCUCCUCGCUCAGAAGGACUUCCAGCAUUGCAACAGCAAGCACGAAACGCCCAGCUCGCCUCGACAGACGCGGCAACCACUCUCGAGUUCCUGACGCUGGGCAAAGACAGAAGACGUGGCGUCGACUUUGAUGCCCCAUCUUCUGACAGCGAGACGGAAUAUAAUCUCCCGAAGAGGCCGAGUCUGGUGGGUCAGGCUUCAGUCGUUGCAAGCUCUUCUUCGCUACCUAGCCACCACCCUGGAGCAGACUCGCUCGAGCAAGGCCACGACGGGAGGCUUCGUUUGCUCAAACAUCUACGCCGCGGUCUGCCUUCUCGAGUCACCUCCAGAGUGGAAUACCUGCUGCGGUCUCUUCCUGACGAACUGCCACCCGCUAACUUGCUUGCAAGACCAGCUGCCAAGUCCCUCACAGACGGCAUCAGGGCUGUCACGCUGGCUCCCGUUGCAAUAAGGCGGAUCGUUGCUGUGGCCAAAGAGAUUGGCGCAUGGCAGCAUUGCAGUGUCCAUUUCCCUACCUUUGAGAGGGAACUAGAAGUUUUCCUGGCCACCGUCUUUGAUCAUGGAGGCAGCGAUAGUCAUGACUUUGAAGGAUAUCGCGCUAUCGAUCCAGCAUGGCUUUCUCUUUUCUAUGUCAUCUGUAGUAUCGCCAUUCAUCAGAUGUCAGAAGAGGAAGGCGCAUAUUGUUGCCUUGGCGCCGAGCCGGAGCGAAUGCGUUUCGCCUCCGUCCUCCUGCACGCUGCCAUGGAGUCGCUCUCGCUAGCCGACUAUCUGGUGAAGCCAUCAGUAUACUGCUGUCAGACGAUCGCAAUCCUCUGCGUCGCUGGACACAACAUCUGCGGCAGUGAUCUGCUGACAUCCCUACUCGCUAUCGGCAUCAAGACCGGUCAAACGCUCGGAUUGCACGCCUUGGGUCGUACUGCAAGGUUCUUAGAAGCCUGUACGGAGCAGCGCGGCCAAGUGCUGCGUCGAGCCGGCAUUCACUGCAAAGAGACCGGCUCUUGCCGGCUUCCUGACGAAUCACCGCGGCAGUUCGCGAUCUGGAGGAAGCGCAUCAUUGAUUUGGAAGUGGGCAAGCGCGUCUGGUGGGCGUUCACACAGCAGGACUACUUUGCGAUUGCAUUCAGUGGAUGUUUCUCGAUCGUAGAAGGACAGUACGACACUCCCUUACCGCACAACUGCUCAGAUGAAGAUCUCGAAGAGGGGCGUCUGAUCAAUCGAGAGGUCAAUGUGCUCACGGUGGCAUCAAAGCAACGAUUUACCUGUCAUGUGGCCAAGAUUGUCUGCGAUUUCUUUGAGGAUCUCAACAAGGCACGCGACACUCCCUCUCUUUCGCUCGUCCGGCAUCACGAAGACCGUCUGCGCUUGGUUACGGAUCGCUUCAAAGCAUGUCUGGAUCCCCAACGGGCGGCAUCUACUCGAAUCAGCCCCGCCUCAUUGCCAAGUUUCACUACGGUCUUGCAGCACUACCUCUUCAUUUCUGUUCAACACAAAAUUCUCGUCAUGCACCGUGCUUUCCUGUCACGAGAUGUCUCGGCGGAGGAAAGGGAGCUAUCGCACAAUGCUUCGAUCGAGACAGCUCGCGCGGUUCUACAUGAGCUUCAGCGCGGUCUUGGCUUGACACCUGAUGGGGAGCAACGGCCGCAGUUGGAUCUCCAGUCACGCGUACACGGCGGAGCACUUUGGACCAUUCCCUACCACGCAGUUGCAGCUGCCACCAUACUAGCGCUAGAUAUGUUCAAGCCAGCCUCGCCCUCUUCGCAUCGCGCUUUGCGAGGCCAAGAAGUGAAAAGAGCGCUCGAAGCUCUCGAGCGCCUCACGGGCAAGAGUGCAAUCGCUCGAAGGGGGUGUCAGCUACUGAGGGAUCUUUUUGAGCAAGGUGAGCGGUAUCAUCAACGGCCUCGACAGCCGCAAAAGCGAAAGACGACAGACCGAGUUGAUUCUGUACUCAAACGAAUCCGUCUGCCCGGAGACGAGGACAAAGACGAUGCGCACAAAGGUAUCCUGACAGCUUCCUCCUCAUCGGACGGGACAGCUUUGGGGAAAAACGAUCAGGCUCUGGAAGCCAGCUGGUUCUCGCACUUCAGCCACAGUACCACACGAUCAGAUUUGUCUUGUUCACUUGCCGAAGGUGUCUCACCGGACGAGGAACAAACUGGCCUUAUUCCAACCGCAUCGUUUGGCUACGGAUCGAGCAACUUCAAUCCGUUGGCUGGCAACUCGACAUCUCGAGCUGGCAAUAGUACAUGCUUCAAUCCUGACCAAGCGGCGAAUUCACUGUCGAGCAUGUUAAUCUCGUACAACAGCGGCCGGAGCCAUGCUGGCCCAAAUUUGGGUGCCAGCCCUGCAAAUAGCCUUCCAUACGCAAUGAAUGGCGACAACGACGAUGCGAAAGGUUUGAUGAAGAAUACUUCAGGAUGGAGAGACUUUAUGCACAUGCCACACAGCAGUGAGAAUGACUCUGCAAUGCAAAAUUGGACAACCCCAACAGCGCCGAGCACGUCGCUGGAGGCAAGUCACACCAACAACAUCGCUGGCAUGAAUGUCAACAUGGCUCAGCAACAACUUGCUCACAUUUUGCCCGCGCUGGAAUCCAUGCCAGAUGUAUGGAAGCUCUUUGACGGUACGCUUGGUCAAAGUCUAGUUGCUUUUGAGGAGAGUGGAUUUUGA